AUGCAAGAAAAUGAAACGUUGAGAGAGUUCAUGAAGCGUUUUGGACAAGCUGUCCUACAAGUAGAGUCAUACAGCAUGGACGCAGUCCUCCAAAUUUUUAAAUGGAGCAUAUGCCCAGGGACCCCCUUCUUCGAGUCCCUCGCCAAAAAACCUCCUACAUCCAUGAACGAUUUAUUCCGACGGGCGAGUAAAUACUCCAUGCUAGAGGACGACGUCUGGGCCGCUACACAGCAGGUCCUGGUAGCUGGCCAAGCCAUGAGAGGCGAAACCACCAGAAGCUUCAAAGCACCCAACCAUCUUGGGUCAUCAAAUAGGGGGCAAGAUGAGCGACGCCCGCCACUCAUUCGGACGCCUCUCACCAAGUCGUAUGAAAAACUGCUUCCUAUAAUCCGCGAUCUACCCGGCUUCAGGUGGCCAGGACCAAUAAGAUCGAACCCCUCAGAAAGGGACCGCCAUAAAAGAUGUGAUUACCAUAAAGAUCAUGAGCACACCAUUGAGACGUGCAGAAGUCUCCAUGGUCGAGGCCCAUGCGCCCCAGCGGCUCCUGUUAGAGCAGUAAUCAACUACAUACACGGGAGACCCUUGGAUGACGAGUACAGUUCCAAAAGGAAAAGACAGAGACUGCUGCGAGCAGCCACGGUUCGGGAACACAUAAGGUCCAUUCGGCCGGGAUUGGCCAACGGGAGCAUCCAUCCCAUAGAUGGAACCAUUGUUUUCCCUACUAUAGAUCCCGCCCGAGUGCUGCACCCACAUCGAGAUGCUCUCAUCCUAACAUUAGGAGUUGGAGACUUCGACGUGAAAAGAAUCCUAGUCGACUUAGGUAGGUCCGCGGACCUGUUGCAGGUAGCGGUCAUCAAACAAAUGGGUUUCAUACCCUCCAGCUUGGAGAAUCCCGGAAGAACCUUGUCCGGAUUCAACGGUUCUUCCACAACCUCACUUGGGGAUGUAACACUACUGGUUCAAACCGGGCCAGUCACCCUAAAUGUUCUAUUUUUUGUGGUUGAGGAUUUAUCCCCUUUCAAUGCCAUUUUGGGAUGCACGUGGUUGCAUGGUAUGAAAGACAUUCCAUCCACAUACCAUCAAAUGGUCAGCUUCAUCACCCAAGAUGGGCAAAUCGAUCUUUACAGAAGUCAGCUCGCUGCCCGGCAAUGUUAUCAGAUCGAUCGCGAGGCCGGACCCAGCGCCGACCGCGAACACUCCCCCAAAGAAGCAACUGCUUCUAACCAAUAG